AACAACAAAUUAUGCUCUUAAAAUGAUAUUAUAAUGGUCGAACUAUGCAGUUCUUGGGGUUUUGUUUGGGCACAUCCAAUAUGGCGGCGAUAUUGACGUAUGACUCAGCGUUCGAUGUGGCUGCUACGAAUAUACUACGUAUAAGGCUCGGUCUGCUUGCAAGAUUGUUGGAGGAUGUCCUCUUCAGGCAACGUGACCCGUCUUGAUGCGUCAUCUUUGGGCCAGGCACCCCGGGAACCACUUCACUUCAUCCCCUGUGAGAUUGAACACAAUGGACCAGCCGAGAUCUCGCGGUACUUCACUGCUGCCAUAAAGGACCGUAAACAGGAGAAGACGGUGUCAUUCAGGGGUCGUGGUCUCAAGGGACAGGACCUCUCCUGUCCACAUGGCUACACCGGACUUGUCCUCAAGGACGUCAACAAAACCGGCUCUGAUCAGGAGGACAGGACCCUGAAGGUGACCUCGUUGUUUGAUAAGCUGACUUACUGGAACCUGGAGACGCCGCCUAACUCAGACGAUGCGGUGGUGAUGGCGAUGGACUGGCCCGAGCUCGCUGAGGCGAUUCAUGGACCGGUGGAAACCUGAAGAAAAUCCUGAUUGGGUUCAAAUGUUGCGUAAUCGGAAUACAGUAUAAGACCAGCUGGUGACUGAACAUAGUACUGCUAGAAGACUGAGUAUUUUUGUAUUGGAAUAAAAAGUACUUCACUGAAA